GACUGGAGAAGAUGAGUGACUCAAAAGAUGAGGAAGAGGACAAAUCUCCAGUCCCCAGUGGUCUGUCUCUGAAGAGUUACCGGUCUAGAGAGCAACCUCCGUACUUCAGAGAUGAACCUGGACCCUCAGACACAAAAGGGAAUAGGAAGAGUCGUGUUCCUGUGGAGGAGCAGUCGUCCAGCUGUGCUCUGUGUCAGGACGUCCUGAAGGAUCCAAUCUCUACCAGCUGUGGACACUGGUUCUGCAGACAGUGCAUCGCCUCAUCCUGGGAGCAGGGACCUCCAUCAGGAUACUCCUCCUGUCCUCAGUGUGGAGAGAGAUGCAGCAUUGUACAAAGUAAGAGGCUGAACACAUUCAAGGUUCAAGGCUUUUAUUGGUCAUACGAACAUAGCUACAGUGUAGUUAUGACCAGUGGUGUAGUGGGGAUUUUUUUUACUGGGUGGACGCUAUUUUAAUUAGGUCAUCCCAAACAAUGCGCAGUGCACUCACAAAACGGGCAAACAGGUCUACAGAAACUCCUGGUAUGCUUAGUCCUACUUUAGUUACUGUACUGCAAAAAGCAGACGGCGCUGCGCUCAACACACACACAGACUCAAACCAUGGACACUCCGGUGUCAGUACCAGGGCUGCAUUUCACUUCGGUUAAAUGGAUUCCUUGCGUCCCUCACUUGCGUCGUUUCCCUGCGUUUAGUCCCUCCCACC